AAUAGACAUCUUUUUUCAAUUGUGACGUAGGGACGUUUAAAUCAGUAUUCUAAAAAGGGAUCACCUGUUUUCAGGGGAUGUGUGGCGGGAAACGGGGAAGCAGACGGAAGUCGUCAGUUUGUCAACAGCAUGUCCUCACCUGGUUUUACUGACAUCUUCCAUUGUGAAGACACUCAGCAAUCAAAGGGGCUGUUCUCAUACACUGAUGAUGGGCUAAAUGAUAGUUUGGACGGGAGUUCAACUGAACUGACUGAUGUUUUUGAAGAGGAGUUCUGUGAGGGUGAACUCUGGAUUCCUCCAAAUGAUGAUUUGACACAAAAAAUUGCUGCCCAGCUCGAGAACUACCUUUCUGAUGAAAAUCUAUCAGAUGAUUCUUUUCUGCUUAAACAUGUCCAGAGAAACAAGAUGGGUUAUGUUAGUUUGAAGCUACUGACAUCUUUCAAAAAGAUUAGAGAUCUCACACGAGACUGGCGCACCACACUGGCGGCUGCAAGAACCUCUCCGCUGCUGGAAGUGAAUGAGCUUGGUACCAAGGUGCGACGAAGGACUCCAGUACCCGACUGGCUCCUGUGCAUUCCCACAAGCAAGCUGCUUCUAGCCUGGAACUUCUUGGAUGGCGUUGACCCAGUCAAGGAUGAGUUAAAUGCGUCACCGGGUGGGGAGCAGCUAGGCAUCAUGGAAGCCGCAAUGCGGGUGUUUUCCCCCUACGGCACCAUUUCUUCUCUCCGCAUUCUGCGUCCAGGAAAAGAGAUCCCUGUAGAGUUGAAACGCUAUACUAAGAAACACCUCGAACUGGGGCGCAAAGUGUGUGCUGUGGUGGAGUACGAGUAUCUAGAGGGCGCACGCAAAGCCUACGAGGCCCUGAAGGCAGAAGAGCAGCAGCAGGGAGGAAGGGGCAUUUGUGUGGUCCUGCUGGGUAGCCGUGGAACCCGUAAGCCAGGAUGGAGCCAAAACCUAGUGGAGGAAGAGUGGGAAGAAGGUAUUGACAGUGACAGUUUAAAAAAGCCUAACAGAAAAGCCAGGCGGUACAUUUAUUCUUUGGAGGAUUCGGCUGUUUGCAGCUCUUCAGAGUCUGAUUUUGCCCCUGCCUCACCCCGGCCCAACCGCCGAGUCUCCCGCCCACAGGCCCUCUACGGCAGUCCUCUCGCCAUCCCGCGGAUAUCGACUUUCCGCUCUGACCCUUACAGGAAUCCUCUGUGCAGUCCCGUAGGAAGCCCCCUCCUGCCUCGCAAGCUUUUUCCUUGCAGUCAUGUGACCUCUCCUCUGGCCACGCAUCCUCUCAGCAGCACGCCCACUGCAGCUGGUACGUCCUCCUUCAGCAGGUACAAGGGCUCGGAUGAGCUCUCCCCAGAUGACUUGGGGUUCACGAGCAGCCCGUGGGUCCAGAGACGUAAAUAUGCCGCCCAGGUCAUUCAGCCUGAGAUGGGUAGCUUGUUGUCACCCAAUCAGAUUGUGAGGUCUUCGAGUGUCCUGGUUGUGCGCCAGCCUGUCGGCCCUGAUGGGACCAAGGGUUUUCACAACUGCAUUGGUAGGGGGAAGGUGCUGCUGCCCCACUGACCCUAUCAAAGAUGCAUUAUAAAGUCUUUUUUUCAUCACUCAGCCUGUAUGCGAGAACCGUAUUCUGCAGUGCAACAGAAGCACUUUUAAUGCAACAUAAUUACUGACAUGUUGAUUGCUCCUAUUAAUGAAAUUAGGGGGGGGGGAAAUGUAAUGUAAAAAAGUAUCUAAUUAAAUAUUGAAUAAAGAUGAAUUUGUACUCCAA